AUAAAUAAUGCAAUUAUGAAGAGAGAGACAUAGUGAGAAAAGUGUUUGUUACUUCCAUCAACAGCACAACGGUGCGAAUGUUGGAAGAAUGGAAGCAAACCAAAGGCCAAGUAUGGCGGCAAAAAUAAAUACUAAAUAAACUUUAAAUCUCCUACAUAAUUUCCAUCUUCCUCACUGCCCCAUAUACUAAAAUUUUCUAUACUACUAAUAUUUUACCCCAUUUUUGUCUGCAUAUCAUAGUACAAGAACACUUUGAAGUUAAAAGAUGGUGUGUGAAGUGAACUAGUGAAGAGUUUUCUAAAAGGGUUUGGUCUUGUUUCUCUUUUUCUGUUUUGCCUUCUUGAUAGUCAUUGAAAAGGAAAGACAGUGACUUUGAUAGAGUUCUUUUCUUUUUCCAGUUUUAGGGUUGUAUAGUGGAGGGUGCUAUUAAUGGCUUUAACGUUUUGUACAAGGCAAAAAUUGCUAAUACUACUACUUGUUACAGUUGCCAACUGAACAAUACUGAAUCAUUCCCUUCCAAAAUUAUCAUGAUGGGUCAUCAUCAUCAAGAUGAUGGGGCUAACAAAAUGCCUUGUUCUAGUGAGCAUCAAAAUGUAUACUCUGAUGAAGCUAGUAUUGUUCUUCCUCCAGUUACUGCUGGUGGUUCAGCUGUUGUAAGGACUUUGCAGCCUUUUGAUAUUUCUACCAACAACUCCCAAGCUGCAGGAGGGAUGGCAACCACACUGGGGUACCCUUUUACAUGGGCACAGUGGAAGGAACUGGAGAGACAAGCUAUGAUCUACAAGUACAUGGUCUCAGCUAUAUCUGUUCCUCCGGAUCUCCUCUUAUCAAUUUCCACAAAUUCUUCUGGAGCUUCACACGGUGUUUUUCACGCUACCUUGGCAAGUGGUUCAGUACAAGGCCAGCGAUACACAAAUGUAAGGGAUGUAGAGCAAGGAAGGUGCAAAAGAACGGACGGCAAAAAAUGGAGAUGCUCAAGAGAUGUGGCACCUCUUCAGAAGUACUGUGAGCGUCAUAUGCAUAGAGGCCGUCCCCGUUCAAGAAAGCAUGUGGAAGUUCAUGCUGAUGUUAGCAAUGCCAGUGACAGUAAGAAGACACGCCGUCGCCCUACCCCCAUGGUUGUUCCUGCUGUACCCACACAUGCUGCUGGUCAAAUCAACAGCCACUCAACAAAGCAGCCUCUUAGAUCUACCUAUCAACAAAUUCAGGGUCCUCUGCUUUUCCAUGAUGAGACGGGGGAAAAUAUCUCCACUAAUCCCUCUUUUAAUGAACUACACAGUUCGGGCUGGAUGAUGGAAGGGGACAUGGUAGCGAAGGCCAAUGCUGCACAACAAUGGCAACAUUUGAUGGACUCAAGUGCAGGUUUCUCAGCUGAUGGAAGGACUCAUCCAGAUUUGCAACAUGGUUACAGGGAAGAUGCAUUGGAUUUAUUGGCAAGUAGAGACUUGGAAAGUACUGAAGAUGUGAGUGUCAAGCAAAAUGGUGAGUUCAAUUUCAUGAUAAAUCCUGAAUCAGUUUCUAUGGGUCAGCAAUCUUUAAAGGAGGCCCCAAUAAGUGACUUGGUUAACUCAUGGUCCAAUGAUAACAUUUACAACAAUAGUAACGAUGAGAAUAAGGAGGCUUCGUUGUGGUCGUCUCUAGGGAAUAUCUCCCCAUCGUCACUUACUUUGUCUAUUGCUAUGGCUGCUGGUGAUGCCCUUGAUGAGGAUAUGGGAUUGGAUAGUCGAUUUAUGAAUGCUAAUCAGCACAAGUCUUGGGAGAACAGCUGGGCACCUGUUGCACCUGGAGGACCAUUGGCUGAAGCUUUACACCCUAGCUCAUCCUACACAAGCAAUGGCGAUUCGAUCAGUCCUGCAGCGACGACCGUCUCAUCACCAUCUGGGGUUCUUCAAAAGACAUUGCUUUCGCACUCUGACGGCAGUGUUUGCAACAGCCCAAUUCUUGCAGCUCCGACUAAUAUUACACCUGAGAUGGUUAAAUUCCAUUGGCCAAAUUAGGAAUGCCAGAAUGGCUCUUCCUUUUUUUGUUUGUGUGUCGUUCUUUUCUUGCUUUCUAUCACAUGACAGCCAGAAGUUCACAAAGUGACUGUCUAUGGUUCAUUCAGGCAUAUCUCAAUUUCCAAACACAAGAUCAAUGGACUUCUAUACUAUUACUAUCGUGGUACAAGUUGUGUAGGAAAUAUUUA